AUGAAUAACUAUCAAAGUUAUGGCGAUGUGGCUUGUUACACAGUGGCUGGUCGUGUGGUGACAGUACUUUACGCAUGCGUUGGUAUCCCGUUGAUGUUGAUAACGUUGAAUGAUCUCGGCAAAUUCCUCUACAAAGCAAUCAAUCGAAUUGUAAAACUUUGCAAAUGUCGCAAAUGUUGUACAUUUUUUAAAACGAAACCACAACAAAUAGCACCCUCGGUGAGCACUUGCUAUGAGCAAGACGUGGAACUUGGUCUGCCAAACGUCGGUCGCUCGGUGUCAACAGUUCAACAAGAUUCAGUCGAGUUUCAACUGAGCAUCGACGCAGAUGAGGUGAUGACAACGGAUGAGUCGAACGAGGUGAAUCUGGAGCAAGAGCUUGUGCAACCAGGACCACCGCCUCGUAUGCCGGUCAUGGUGGCGGUUGGCGUGACCGUUGGAUGGAUCUUCUUUUGUGCGGCCCUUUUUAAAGUUUGGGAGGCGAACUGGACGUACGCCGAGAGUUGUUACUUCAUGUUUAUUAGCUUAUCGACUAUUGGUCUCGGUGAUGUGGCCGUUAAACGCCGGGAUUUGAUGGUUAUAUGUUUUGUGUUUGUGAUAGUUGGUCUUUCGUUAGUUAGUAUGUGCAUUAAUGUUAUUCAAACCGCAAUCGAAGAUGUCUACAUGAAACUUCUGAUGAGACUUCUUGUUGAAUAUCAAUCCAAGUUAGCUGAAGGCGGCGAUCAGGUUGAUGCCUCAAAGGGUAUGAUGAAAAUGUGGGGUGGCAAUCAUGCGGCAAAGUAUUUAAUGCCUUUGUUAAGUAAAGAUAAGCGUAUGACUGCAAUGGCAAAAGUACAAGACGAAGCUGAAGCGCAAGGUAUUGAAAUACCGCCAAUUUUCUCAGAUUUAGACGACGACUCGGGUAUGCCGAAAAUACUGACGAUCGACAACGAUCGCAAAGAUUCACAGAUGUCUAUUCUACAAGCAAUCGACCACGCCAAGCACAGUAUGCUUCAUGUGCCCGCUCCUCCAUCGUCCUCUUCACUCAGCCUCGUUUGCCUUGAUGCCGAAAUACAAACCGACAACCACGUCUAUUUGGAUAAAGAAGAGCAGACAGAAUCGACUGAAAUGCGUGACUCGGGUAUUGAUACAGAGAUUAGAUUUGCGAGCUAUAUUUGCACAGCAGUUCAGUGUGGUGAUGGUGAUAUGGAGAGGAUUAAUGAUGAAACGCAAACAGUGGUUAUCGAGAUGAACAGUGCGGAAGUGAUGACCUAUUGCGAGCCUUCCACUGAUGUUACACGGACAAAUCAUCGUGUUAAGCGUGCUCGAACAUGGGCUCGCGACUACAGGCAAGACCAGCCAAAACGAUUGAGCCCGUCAAAAAUUCAAGAAGAAUCCGAUUCCUCAGAAGAGAGUUUAGAUUGGAAUCCGAUUGACGGAAUGCACGCUGAGAAGCAACGGCCGGUGCGAGAUUUGACGCGAUUUUUCGACAAAAUCAGAAGUCCGAAGAGCGCUGAAAAAUGA